AUGUCUUUAGCCGGUAAAAAGUUAGUUAUUCUUAAACAUGAUGGACAACAUGGAGUUUAUGAAACUAAAGAGCCAAAUAUAACAAUCGGUGGAAGUAUUGCGAAUGAUGUGCGAAUUAAACUUCCAGAAGCUGACCCUUACAUUUGCAAGAUAGAAUUAGACACCUUUGGCCGGCCUAACCUUACUAAUCUAAGUGGGAAACAAGUAUUAGUAAACGGAAAUCAAGUAAAACAAAAAGUGUUUCUUAAGAAUGGAGACAACAUUAGCAUACUAAAUAAAAAUUUUCAAUGGUUGGAUAGUUCAUUCAUUCAAAAUAAAAAUACACCUAGCAAAUCAAAUGUUCAACCGAAGAUCCUUUCUUCUUCAGUUCCAUCAUUUAAGACCAAAGCAAAGUCAAAAACGUUGUCUGUACUAUCUAAAUGUUCAAAAAGGAUUACUUUUUAUAGCUUAAAACCUACUGAAACAGAUCAGAAAGGUUCCUGCGCUGUAGUAAUUGAUUCAAUUAACAGAGAAAUGUUUUAUGCUGAAAAAGAAAAUUCAGCAGUCAAUUCCAAAUUAAAUAUGUCUGGUACUAUGAUUGUUUCGUAUGCAUCAACUAAUGAAACUACUUCCAAACAAACAAAUCACAUUUCUUCUGACGUAAGUUGCAUUUCGGAUGUUUCUUCAGAUGUUCUGAAGUUAUCAUCAAUGUAUUUGAUUGAUCUGAAUGCAACUGGUAGCAUAUGCAAUCAAAGUUCUCCAAUUGAGAAUUUACCAGAAAUAAAAAUUAACGAGAAAAACGAUUCGUCUAAAAUAGAAGACUCAUUGUUUGAAUCAAUAAUAAAUGAAUCAGAUGUAACACCUGAAAAACCUGAGAAUGAACAAAUGAGUCAACCCGAUACUUUCAAAGAAGGAUCAAACGAGUUUUCUUCCAGAAUGAGUACAAAUAAAGAAGCAGAUGAUAUCAUAUGCAAUCAAACUUCUGUAAUUGAGAUCCUUUCAGAAAUAAGUACUAACGAGAAAAACGAUUCGUCCAAAAUAGAAGACUCAAUGUUCAAAUCCAUAAUAAAAGAAUCAGUAGCAACACCUCAAAAAUCUGCGAAUGAACAAAUAGAGCAAACCGAUGCUCUCAUAACAGAAUCAAACGAGUUUUCUCCCGGAUUGUGUGUUGAUAAAAAAUCAGAUGAUAGCGUAUUUUAUCAAACUUCUCUUGAGAAUCUUUCAGAAAUAAGUACGAACGAGAAAACCGAUUCGUCUAAAAUAGAAGACUCAAUGUUCAAAUCAAUAAUAAAAGAAUCAGUUGCAACACCUGAAAAACCUGCGAAUGAAGAGAUGAAGAAAUCCGAUGUUUUCACAACAGAAUUAAAUGAGUAUACUCCCGAAGAAUGUACAGAUAAAAAAGUAGAUGAUAGCAUAUGCUAUCAAACUUCUCCAAUUGAGAAUCUUUCAGAAAUAAAUAUUAACGAGAAAAACGAUUCGACUAAAAUGUUCACAUCAAUAAUUAAAGAAUCAGUUACAACACCUGAAAAAUCUGCGAAUGAACAAAUGAAGCAAACCGAUGCUGUCAUAACGGAAUCAAAUGAGUAUACUCCCGAAGUGUGUACAGAUAAAAAAGUAGAUGAUAAUAUCUGCAAUCAAACUUCUUUUGAGAAUCCUUCAGAAGUAAAUAUCAACGAGAAAAAUGAUUCGUCCAAAAUGGAAGACUCAAUGCUCAAAUCAGUUAUAAAAGAAACAGUUUCAACACCUGAAAAAUCUGCAAGUGAACAGAUGAAGCAAACCGAUGCUUUUAUAAAAGAAUCAAACGAGUUUACUCCAAAAAUGUGUGCAGAUAAGAAAGAUGAUUCUAUGAUCGUUACUGAAAGCUGGAUAAAUACAGUUAUGAGUCUUGGUUGUAGUACACCAAUGGCGCCAAACACUAAAACUCAGAUACUAUCUGAACGUUAUUCAAACAUAACAACAGAUUCAGUUCAAAUAAAUGAUGCAUCGCAUCAAGCAAAUUCAGUUUCUGAAAAAAAGAUGUCCUUGCUCAACAUGUCAGUUGAAUGCUCAGAGAUUAGUAAAUUAGAGACAACAAACAUAAAUAGGUCUCACUCGACUCCUAUCAAUUCUUUGAAGCGCCCCUUACCCGAGAAUAAAGAAGAAUGUACUGAAACUCCUAUUAGUGAAAAUCUAACAUCAAUGUCUUCUCGUUCUCGCAGAGGUACUGCUAAAAAAGUUUGUUAUGCAGAAAGUCUUCUGACAAAACAAAGUUACAAAAAACUUCUCAGUGACAACGAAUAUGUGAAUGAAGAUGUAGGUACACCAAAUAAAACAACAGAUUCAAAUCAAAUAAAUGAUUCAUUGCACAAAGAAAAUUCAGUUUCCGAAAAAGGUUCUGAGAAAAAGAUGUCCUUGCUUAACAUAUCAGUUGAAUGUUCUGAGAUUAGUAAAUUGGAGACAACAAACUCGACUCCCAUCAAUUCUUUGAAGCGCCCCUUACUCGUGAAUAAAGAAGAAUGUACUGAAACUUCUAUAAGUGAAAAUCUAACACCAAUGUCUUCUCGUUCUCGCAGAGGUACUGCUAAAAAAGUUUGUUAUGCAGAAAGUCUUCUGACAAAAAAAAGUUACAAAAAACUUCUCGGGGACAACGAACAUGUUAAUGAAGAUGUUGGUACACCAAAUAAAACAACAGAUUCGAAUCAAAUAAAUGAUUCAUUGCACCAAGAAAAUUCAGUUUCCGAAAAAGAUUCUGAGAAAAAGAUGUCCUUGCUUAACAUAUCAGUUGAAUGUUCUGAGAUUAACAAAUUCGACACAACAAACACAAAUAGGUCUCACUCCACUCCUAUCAAUUCUUCGAAGCGCCCCUUACCCGUGAAUAAAGAAGAAUGUACUGAAACUCCUAUGAGUGAAAAUCUAACACCAAUGACUUCUCGUUCUCGCAGAGGUACUGCUAAAAAAGUUUGUUAUGCAGAAAGUCUUCUGACAAAACAAAGUUACAAAAAACUUCUCGGUGACAACGAAUAUGUUAAUGAAGAUGCAGGUACGCCAAAUAAAACAACAGAUUCGAAUCAAAUAAAUGAUUCAUUGCACAAAGAAAAUUCAGUUUCCGAAAAAGGUUCUGAGAAAAAGAUGUCCUUGCUUAACAUAUCAGUUGAAUGUUCUGAGAUUAGUAAAUUGGAGACAACAAACAUGAACAAGUCUCACUCGACUCCCAUCAAUUCUUCGAAGCGCCCCUUACCCGUGAAUAAAGAAGAAUGUACUGAAACUCCUAUCAGUGAAAAUCUAACACCAAUGUCUUCUCGUUCUCGCAGAGGUACUGCUAAAAAAGUUUGUUAUGCAGAAAGUCUUCUGACAAAACAAAGUUACAAAAAACUUCUCGGUGACAACGAAUAUGUUAAUGAAGAUGCAGGUACGCCAAAUAAAACAACAGAUUCGAAUCGAAUAAAUGAUUCAUUGCAACAAGAAAAUUCAGUUUCCGAAAAAGGUUCUGAGAAAAAGAUGUCCUUGCUUAACAUAUCAGUUGAAUGUUCUGAGAUUAACAAAUUGGACACAACAAACACAAAAAGGUCUCACUCCACUCCUAUCAAUUCUUUAAAAAAUAAGGAAGAAUGUACUGAAACUCCUAUCUGUGAAAAUCUAACACCAAUGUCUUCUCGUUCUCGCAGAGGUACUGCUAAAAAAGUUUGUUAUGCAGAAAGUCUUCUGACAAAAAAAAGUUACAAAAAACUUCUCAGCGACAACAUUGACGAAUAUGUAAAUCAAGAAGUAGAUACACCAGAAAAGAGGGAAUGCACAAAAAUAGAUGAUUCUCAAAAAAAUAUUGAAGAUUCUAUGAAUGUUUCGACAAACAAAAAGAAACGUGGUCGAAAACCAAAAUCUAAUGAAGAUGAGCACAAUAUAAGUCAAAAUAUUUCAAAAUUACAAGGAAAAGAUACACAAAAUGACGAGGUUCAAGAAAGUAUUAAUGUUUCAACAAUUAAAAAUAGACGUGGCCGAAAACCAAAAUCAAAUGAAGAAGAACACAUUAUUGAUCAAAACAUUUCAAAAAUAACUGAAGAAGAGAAACAAAAUGACGAAAUUCAACAAACUAUCAAUGUUGCGACAAUUAAAAUGAGUCCAAAGCCACAAUCUAAUGAACAACAACAAAAUAUUUCAAAAUCACCUGAAGAAGAAAAUCAAAUUGACGAAAUUCAAAAAACUAUCAAUGUUGCGACAAAUAAAACGAGUCCAAAUAACGAAAUUCAAAAAACUAUCAAUGUUGCGACAAAUAAAACGAGUCCAAAGCCACAAUCUAAUGAACAAGAACAAAAUAUUGAUCAAAAUAUUUCAAAAUUACCUGAAGAAGAGAAACAAAAUGACGAAAUUCAAAAAACUACCAAGGUUCAAACAAAUAAAACAAGACGUGGUCGAAAACCACAAUCUAAUGAAGAAGAACAAAAUAUUGAUCAAAAUAUUUCAAAAUUACCUGAAGAAGAGAAACAAAAUGACGAAAUUCAAAAAACUACCAAGGUUGCGACAAAUAAAACGAGACGUGGUCAAAAGCCUCAAUCUAAUGAAGAAGAACAAAAUAUUGAUCAAAAUGUUUCAAAAUUACCAGAAGAAAAGACACAAACGAGACGUGGUCGAAAACCAAAGGCUAGUGAAGAUGAAGAUCAAAAUGUUUCAAAACUACCAGAAGAAAAGACACAAACUGAAGAAAUUCAAAAAAGUACCAAUGUUGCGACAAAUAAACCAAAACGUGGUCGAAAAUUAAAGUCUAAUGAAGAUGAAGAUGAAAAUGUUUCAAAACUACCAGAAGAAAAGACACAAACUGAAGAAAUUAAAAAAAGUACCAAAGUUGCGACAACUAAAACUAGACGUGGUCGAAAACCACAAUCUAAUGAAGAAGAACAAAAUAUUGAUCAAAAUAUUUUAAAAUUACCUGAAGAAGAGAAUCAAAAUGAUGAAAUUCAAAAAACUCCCAAUGUUGCCACAAAUAAAACAAGACGUGUUCGAAAACCUAAAUCUAAUGAAGAUGAAGAUCAAAAUGUUUCAAAACUACCAGAAGAAAAGACACAAACUGACGAAAUUAAAAAAAGUACCAAAGUUGCGACAACUAAAACUAGACGUGGUCGAAAACAAAAAUCUAAUGAAGAUGAAGAUAUUUCAAAAUUACCUCAAGAAGAGAAUCAAAAUGACGAAAUUCAAAAAACUACCAAGGUUGAAACAAAUAAAACAAAACGUGGUCGAAAACCACAAUCUAAUGAAGAAGAACAAAAUAUUGAUCAAAAUAUUUCAAAACUACCAGAAGAAAAGACACAAACUGACGAAAUUCAAAAAAGUACCAAAGUUGCGACAACUAAAACCAGACGUGGCAGAAAACCAAAAUCUAAUGAAGAUGAAAAUAUUUCAAAAUUACCUGAAGAAGAGAAACAAAAUGAUGAAAUUCAAAAAACUACCAAUGUUGCAACAAAUAAAACGAGACGUGGUCGAAAACCACAGUCUAAUGAAGAUGAACACAAUAUUGAUGGAGACAAGCCAUCGAAAAAAGCACGUCUUUCUGAAGACAAAGAAAUUCAAAAAUGCGUAAAUGAGCCAGAAGUUGUUGUUACUCGAUCAUUGAGGUCUCGAAGAAAGUAA